UUAUCACGUAAGUAGCAAUGUAGCAUGUACCUAAUUACCUAUGUUUACUGUUUGCAGGAAGUGCCCGCGGCAUUCCCUUGUGAAUAUUGCGGUAUUCAUGAUCAUAGCUGCGUCGUGAAGUGUAACGUAUGUGAAAAAUGGUUUUGCAAUGGUCGCAGAAAUACUAACGGAUCGCAUAUUGUUGAACAUUUAGUUCGAGCCAAGCAUAACGAGGUAAAUUUUCAUAAAUAUGGUCCUCCGGACUGUUAUCGUUGCCAUACGCGAAAUGUGUUCGAUUUAUGUUUUAUACGUAAUGAAGCUGAUUCUACCUAUGUGCUACUAUGUCGACACUGUUGCUCUACUCAAAAAUCUCUCAAAGAUGUAAACAGGUAUCAGGAACAAUGGAAACCGUUGAUAGAAGAUCGAUGUUUCGUAUCGUGGCUGGUUAAGAUACCGGAUGAUCAACUUCAACUCAGAGCCCGUCAAGUAACAUCGGCUCAAAUAGCUAAACUAGAAGAACUCUGGAAGGAUAACAUCAAUGCAACUAUUGGUGAUUCAAAAAAAACAGGAAUCUGUGACGAACCUCAGCGAGUACUUUUAAAGUAUCCAAAUGCCAUCCAAUAUCAGAAUAUUUACGAUCCACUGGUUAAACUGGAAGCUGACUUCGAUAAGAAAUCGAAGGAAUCCCAAACUCACGAUAAUAUCACUGUUCGUUGGGAGAUUUUGUUAAAUAAGAAAGUGGUAGCUAAAUUCAACCUGCCUGAAAGUGACGGAGCUACGAAAAUAAUGCUCGGCGAUGAGCUGAGAUUACGAUAUACUGGAGAACUAUCAAGACCUUGGUCUGGAGUCGGUCACGUUAUCAGGGUACCGGAUAAUUACAGCGAAGAAGUUCACUUAGAAAUGAAAACUAGUCCAGGAAUAACUUUCAAAUCUAAUAGUAAAUUCACGGUCAGUUUUAUCUGGAAAUCAACGUCAUUCGAUAGAAUGCAACAAGCUUUGAAAAAAUUUGCUGAUGACAACACAUCUUUAUCCUCUUCCAUCCAUUAUAGUUUGCUUGGAUUCGACGACGUCGAUGACGUAUUACUCACAGCGCACGCUCACGCUGCUAAACAUUAUUCAGCUCCUAAUUUACCAAAAUUGAAUCCAUCACAAGAAAAUGCGGUGAAAAAAUCGAUUCAAAGACACUUGACCUUAAUUCAAGGACCUCCUGGUACAGGAAAAACCGUCAUUUCGGCGACUAUUGUUUAUCAGCUGGUGAAAUCGAACACUGGACGAGUGUUGGUUUGCGCUCCUUCGAACAUAGCCAUCGAUCAGUUGACUGAGAAAAUCCAUAAGACUAAUUUAAAGGUUGUGACAGUUUCCGCGUAUUCAAGAGAAGGAAUCGAUUCACCGGUUGCUUUUUUAGCUUUACAUAAUCAGAUCAAGAAUUUAAACAAUAACCCCAAAUUGAAGAAGUUACAACAACUACGAAAUGAAACUGGCAAACUUUCAGAGGACGAUGAAAAAAGAUACAGAAUUUUGUUGAGAUCCGCCGAACGUAAGCUACUCGAUUCUGCCGAUGUAAUUUGCUGCACCUGUAUCGCCGCAGGAGAUCCACGUUUAUCGCGUAUGAAGUUCCAUUCCGUAUUGAUUGACGAAUCUAUGGCAGCUACCGAACCGCAGUGCAUGGUUCCACUGGUAUUGGGAACGAAAAAGCUCAUUUUGGUUGGAGAUCAUUGCCAGCUUGGUCCAGUCGUUAUGUGCCCGAAAGCUGCGAGAGCUGGUCUUGGUCAUUCGUUAUUCGAACGUAUGGUUGAACUCGGAAUCAGCCCAUACCGUUUAGAAGUUCAGUAUCGUAUGCAUCCAGAAUUAUCGCUCUUCCCGUCCAAUUUCUUCUACAAAGGAUCCUUGCGAAAUGGUGUUACCGCUGCGGAAAGAGUACUGCCGAACGUCUUCCCGUGGCCAGCUCCGGAUAAACCGAUGAUGUUUUACGUAACCCAAGGCAUGGAAGAAAUCGCCGGAUCUGGUACGUCGUAUUUGAAUCCAACAGAAGCAUAUUUCGUUGUAAAAAUAACCGCCAAAUUCAUACGUUGCGGCGUGAAACCCGAACAGAUCGGUAUUAUUACACCGUACGAAGGACAGCGAGCACAUUUGGUGCAAUGUAUGCGGCAUCAAGGAAAACUACCCGCCAGUUUGUACCAACAAAUCGAAGUGGCCAACGUAGAUGCGUACCAAGGUCGUGAGAAAGAUAUCAUCAUCGUGUCUUGCGUACGUUCCAACGACCGUCAAGAGAUCGGGUUUUUGAAGGAUCCGCGAAGGUUAAACGUUGCUCUGACCAGAGCCAAAUAUGGCCUUAUCGUGGUCGGAAAUCCGCAAGUUUUUUCAAAACAAACCGAAUGGAAUCACCUACUCAAUUACUAUACAGAACAAAAAGUGAUCGUAGAAGGACCACUGAAAAAUUUGAGAGAAAGCGCUACCCAGUUCGCUAAACUUGGACAGAUUGACUAAACAACAUCGUUUUAUUCGACUCGGUCGAACCCUCAUUUUUCUCCGGUACGAGAACGUUAUGUUAGCUUUUGUCAAUUUUUCGCUAAAAAAAAAUGUCCAUUGUUAAAUUUUUUUGUCGAAUAUACUACUUGAU